AUGUAUCCACCAUGUCGCGGCGGACUACCCGCAAGGAUUGACGUUGGACGGGGAGGACCAACUCGCUCAAGGGCAUGGCGAAACCAGCUGAAUCGCUCAAGGGGACGGGGAGAUGGUAUGCAUCAACACAUUUCUUGUUCAAAAUCAUACGCAAAGGUCAAAUAUGAUAUGAUAGGCAAGCUAAACAAAGGGAGGCUCUUUGGACUUGGAACAACACAAAUGGAAUUCAAUGAUCCCAUUGAUCCAGCAGCAGCCGUUGUUCUAGCUCGUUUUGAAAGGGAUAUGAACAAUCUAUCUGGAGCUGUUAACUUUAUGAGCCAGCAGAUGACGGCUAUGUGUGAAGCUAAGGCAGUGACAGUGCCACCAGGACUUGGUGCCGAGCAUUCGCCUAAUCCAUCUCAGCAGCUCCACACCCAAGCUUCUCCAACUGAUCCACACAUCCCAUCACCAACUAGCAUAAUCUAG